AAUCGUCGGUCUACUGCUCUGGUCUGACGGCUAGAAGUCAGUCAAGAGGGCGACGAGAGAGAGACAAAAACUGCCUUUUUCCCCUCCGACAGAGAACCUCCAUCCUCAUGAUCUCAUGAAUAAAUUAUAGCAGCCCAUUGUGCAAUAGAGGGAGGUAUGCAGCGAAGCCUACUAGGCAAACACUGCCGAGUGCACGGACCACAGAAUCUAUCUAGUGCACAGGCUACUCUCAGUUUAAGGAACAUCCCCAUGCCGCGUCUUAGAAACGAACCGCUGCUAACCGGGUCCAACUACAAACGCUCCUGGUCGAGCCAUCGCUGAAACAUACUUGCUGCUGUAUCGUAUCUACAUUGGAAACACAUUUCCACCCAUAAAUACUGAGAUGGAGAAUACAACUUAGAGAAAAUAGCUGGGCUAAUCAUCGGACUAGGUCGCUGGUCGUUCUGGAGGUAAAGGAAUACACAUUACUGGGUAGACUGUAGUAGCCUACAGAAUAAAAACGAACACGAAUUAAGUUGGCAACCUUAUCUCUGGAGUGCCAGCCUGUGCAUAGCGGAAAGGUCGUACUGGUCAUCGUCUUCCUAAAUAGUUGGAUUUCUAAUCUGGACCGCAGGGAAGAGCGAAGCAAACCAACCUCGGGCAGUUUGAAUUGAAGGCUGCCUGCCGGGUUGAGGAGUUUCGGGGCUUCCUGCUGACGCCCUCACCCCUCCGAUGAACCCCAUCAACUCCAUGAAACCUGCCCUGCCUCCAACGCCACACAGUGACGGCUCCUACCCAUAUGAUCCUGUCUCCUGGCAGCAAGGCACCAAUCAGCCUGCAGGUUCCCUCUCCGUGGUAACCACAGUGUGGGGGGUGACCAAUCCUUCGCCCAGCCAGGUCUUGGGCGGUCCCAUGGGUCCCGGUGGAAACUCAGCCGGUAGCCACAUGUUGCCAGGCAGCAGCCCGGGGAUGAGCUCUCCGCAGUUCAUGGGGCAGCAGGGCUACCCCGAGCCCAGCAAGGGCUACAUGCAGCAGGGCAUGUACGGCCGCCCCGGCGGGGGCUACCCCGCGGGCCCGGGGUACGGGGGCAGCUACCCCAGCGGUGGGACGGGGUCCAUGGGGAUGCCCCCUCACGGAGUCCGCCCCCCUACGGACUUCACCCAGGCUGCCGCCGCAGCAGCUGUGGCUGCGGCGGCCGCUACGGCAACGGCGACAGCCACGGCAACGGUCGCCGCCAUACAGGAGAAACAGAACCAGGAGCUGAACUACGGGCCGAUGGGCGGAGCUUCCUCUUACAACAGCCAGUUCCUGCCUCCGUCGGGCCCCCGGGGGCCGUCUGGGAUGGCCCCCACCAACAUGGUGCCCUCGCGGGCCCAGUCCAUGGGGCCCAUGUACAGCACCCAAGGCCAGCGGCUUCCCCAGCACCAGGGCUACCCUGGAGGCCAGCAGGGGCCCCCGCGUCCACAGCAGGGCCUCAAGAGGCCCUACAACGCAGAGGGCUACCCGGGCCAGCAGUACCCGCCCCAGAUGGGGAACCCGGGGCCCUACCCAGGCUCCCCCAUGCAGUACCACGCCCCCGGGCUCCAAAGAUCGGCCCCGUCCCCCUCCUACCCCGGCCACAGGAUGCCCCUACAGCAGGGCAACAUGGGCCAGUACCCCCCCGGACCUGCAAACCCGGGCCAGUACUACAAGUCUGAACAGUUCAAUGGCCAGGGUAACACCAUCACUGGCCUGCCAGCAGGGGGUGCUGGAGGAGGGGGAGGGUACAGCACAUUCAACCAGGCUGCAGUCAAUGGGCCUGGAAGGGCGAUGCCAGGGUACCCCAGUUCUCCCCUCCCGGGGAACCCCACCCCCCCGAUGACCCCCGGCAGCACCAUGCCCCCCUACAUGUCCCCAGGCCAGGACGUCAAGUCCCCCUUCCUCCCCGACGUCAAGCCCAACAUUAACUCCCUGCCGCCCCCUACUGGUAACCCUAGUGACGACCUUCGGCUGACCUUCCCCGUGCGGGACGGGGUGGUCCUGGAGCCCUUCCGUCUGGAGCACAACCUGGCUGUCAGCAACCACGUCUUCCAGCUGCGCGACCACGUGUACAAGACUCUCAUGAUGAGGCCGGACCUGGAACUGCAGUUCAAGUGCUACCACCACGAGGACCGGCAGAUGAACACAAACUGGCCGGCCUCUGUGCAGGUGAGCGUCAACGCCACGCCCCUCACCAUCGAGCGCGGGGACAACAAGACCUCCCACAAGCCCCUCUACCUGAAACAAGUGUGCCAGCCGGGCCGGAACACCAUCCAGAUCACCGUCACCGCCUGCUGCUGCUCUCAUCUCUUCGUGCUGCAGCUGGUACACAGGCCGUCAGUGCGGUCGGUACUGCAGGGUCUCAUGAAGAAGAGGCUGCUACCAGCUGAGCACUGCGUCACCAAGAUAAAGAGGAACUUCAGCAGUGGUACAAUCCCUGGCACGCCAGGGCUGAACGGGGAGGACGGGGUGGAGCAGACGGCCAUCAAGGUGUCCCUCAAGUGUCCAAUCACCUUCCGCCGCAUCCAGCUCCCUGCACGAGGUCACGACUGCAGACACAUACAGUGCUUUGACCUGGAGUCGUACCUGCAGCUCAACUGUGAGAGAGGGACCUGGCGGUGUCCUGUGUGCAAUAAAACUGCUCUCCUGGAGGGGCUGGAAGUGGACCAGUACAUGCUGGGGAUCCUCAUCUAUAUUCAGAACUCGGAUUAUGAAGAGAUCACGAUCGACCCGGUGUGCAGCUGGAAGCCUGUUCCGGUGAAGCCGGACCUGCACAUUAAGGAGGACCCGGACGGCCCGACCCUGAAGCGCUGUCGCACCCUUAGCCCCAGUCUCAUGAUCCUGCCCAACGUCAUGGAGAUGAUCGCAGCGCUGGGACCCGCUUCCUCGCCCUACCCCUCUCUGCCACCGGGGGGCAGCAGCAGCACACCUGACUACCCCAGCCAAGCUGGAUCGGGAUACUCCAACCAGCCAGGAUUUUCGGAUUUCCCCAACGCCCCAGGGACUCCGACUCUGGGGGAGUUUUCCUCCGGACCGCCACCACUGUCCUACCAGGCCGACCUGCCCAGCGGGCUCCUCACCCCCGAAAAGCCCGUGGGGCACCCCAUGUCUGCGCAGAUGUCCCACUCUGGCCGCAUGGACCCUUCCCACAAUCCCCUGCAGCAGCAGCAGCAUCAGGGUCUCCAUGGCAGUUCGCACCUUGCGGGGCCGGGAGCACCCAUACACCCUCGCAACCCUUCCCAGAAUCCCCGGCUGCACACGGAAGGCUCCUUUGGUCUUGGCGGCCCAGGGGGGCCAGGGGAAGUGCCAGACCCUUCUCUUGACCUGCUUCCAGAACUGACGAAUCCAGACGAGCUGCUGUCAUACCUGGGCCCCCCCGACCUUCCCAACAACAGCAACGAUGACCUUCUGUCUCUCUUCGAGAACAACUGAGCUGCCCUCCUCCAUUUCUGCCUCCUGUGACCCUCUGCAAUGCACUGGUGCCCUUUGCUCGAAGGAAACACAAAAAAGAAAGAAAGAAAAGCGAAAUGUUCCUGUCCCAGCUUUCACGAGAAAAGUGGGGUGGGGAGACUAAAUGUGAGACUCCUUGAAUUCCACUCCCUCCGCCCACCCGCCGACAUCAGUAACUGGAAAAUGGUGGUUGGUGUUGGUGGUGGUCGGGAUGGGAGAGGGUGUGCUGCAGAAAAAAUUCCGUUCUUCUUUUUAAGGGACAUGUGACUUCAAAGAUGUUUUAACUGCCAGUGAACCAUGACAACUGAUUUUAUUUUGUAUGGUUUUAAUCUCAUUGUCCCCCCACCCCUUGUCCCACAUGCACACACGCGCGCACACACACAUGCACACACACAGGCUUGUCUGUCUCUUUACAUAAAUCCAGUUGUAAAAUGACACCUCUGCUCAAAUCAAGCUGACUUUUUUUGUGUGUUCACGUGAAGUUGAAGGGUUAGAUCAUGUUCCUUGGUUUUCAGGUGUUCUUCAACUCUAUCCCGGGUAGGGAGGGGAAAGGGAAGUAAAUAGCAAAUGAGAAUUUAUAAACUGGCAACAUUUGUAAAAAGGAAAAAAGAACAUUAACUAGAUGUGUAAUACUUUUGCUAAUUAUAAUAAUGAAGGGUAUAUGUUGGCAAAUGAGCUUUCUGCCCUCCUAAUACAUAUGGAAUGAUGGAAUGCUGUAAAGUUCAACAGUGGUGUAAUAAGAUUGAGAAAGGACAAUGGAGGUAUUAAUGGCCUAUCUCAGUGUGCUGCAUUAACACAGACAUACAGACAUACACCCCCUCUUUGGAAAAACAAGCAUACCCCCCUCCUUGUUUUUUGGCAAUAAGGAACUCCUCUUACCAUCUUCAGUAAACACGGAUACCAGGGCAUACAGCCCAAACCUUCAGGGGCUAGCCGCCAGUCCACUGGGGAAUACAGGUAUACCUGACCAAAACACCUUGAAACCUUUUUACCUGCAAGCCCUCAAGUAAGACCGUCAAUGGCACACAAGGCACAGGUCCUGUCAAUCUUGUCAAACUUUCUGCAGUGAACAAAAUAUUUUGUAAAUAAAAUAGUUCUAGGUGCCCACUGUGACGGGUAACAGAGGAACGUUUCACAACUCGAGGUAUGAGAAGUACUUUUCCUGAAAUGUGUGGACGUACUGUAUUGACUUUUUUCAAUGCUGAUCUUGUAUAGCUCAGAGGGGUGUUCAUCCCUUUAAAGUGGUACUGUUUAGCAAGAAAUGGGUGACAUCUUUCAGGGCGACUUUUGGCCUGUCACUUUCAUCUCUCACUUUUUCUCAUUUUUGUAAACACACCAAUUCCAAACCAAUGAAAGACGCAGUUGAUACAAGAUUCUAACUUCCACAAUGAAGGACAACACAAAAUAUUGUGUCACACAAAUGUAGGGGACAGCUGAUAAUCUAUUUUGAUGCAAAAGAAAACUAUUCUUUGUCAGCCCUUGUGGACUAAAAUUUAAAAUGUUGCUAAGGAUUUAGGAUACCCUGAUGAACUAAACUGAACUUUGGGCUCUUACAAAAUG